CGCGCCGCGCCGCCGCGCUCGCUGACUCGCUCGUGGACUCGCAGAGCAGCAGCACGUCCACGAUGACCAGCACCCUCUCCGCCGCCUCCAGGCGGGCGGCCUGCACCGUCGCCCUCCUCGCCGCCGUCCUCUACGUCCUGACCUCCGAGGCCUCCGCCGCGCAACAGAAGCGGCAGGUGUACCGCGGCGGCUUCCACCAGGGCGUGGCCGUGCCCGUCGCCGUGAGCCGGAAGCUGACGGAGGAGGAGAAGGAGGCCUUCCGCGCGGCCAAGCGCGCCCAGAAGGCGGCGGCGCACGGCCACGAGGAGAUCCCCGGGCGCGCCGGCGUGGACUACCCGACCUACCACGAGGUGCCCGCCACCAGCUUCUCCUGCCAAGGCGUGCCCGUGCUGCCGGGCAUGUACGCCAACGAGGAGACCGGCUGCCAGGCCUACCACGUGUGCCACGACGGCCGCGAGGGCGACCAGGGCGCCUCCUUCCUCUGCCCCAACGGCACCCUGUUCAACCAGUACGACUUCAACUGCGACUGGUGGUACAACGUGGACUGCAGGCAGGCGCGCAGCCUCUGGAGCUUUAACGCGGACCCCGAGAAGAACCCCUACUACCCCAAGAAGAAGACCCCCGAGCAGAUCGCCGACAUCGAGGCUGGCGCGUACGCGGCUGCGGUGCAGCAGACGGGUCGUUACCAGGAGCAGGCCGAGAAGUACCAGCAGUACCAGCAGUACCAGCAGUACCAGCACGCUGCCUUCUAGAUCAUAUCACUAUUUACUUAAUAAUGGCUCUUUUUUCUCGGAAAACGAUGUUUUAAUUGGACUUAUACAAACAUACAGAAGAAAAAGACUUGAUGAAAAAGUGACGAAGGGCCAAAAAUGAUUUGUAAUAUACUAUUUAAUUUAUUUGAACGACGAUGUUACCAACAAGAUGGAAUACAGCAAUGUAACAAUCUCUGUAGUGUAGGAACGCCUCAUUGUCCUUGGAUUUAACGGAGAGCAAAAAUCACUUGAAGCAGAACUUAUAAAGACUUUACAAACGGUAAAA